AUGAAUGAAAUUCCGUCGUUUUGCUAUUCCGAUAAUGAGAACACAAAACAUAUUGAACAUUGCUUUCUCAACAAGUGUGGAAAUCUCUUUCUACCGGUUUUCUUAGUGUACUAUAUUAAUGUAGCACGAGAAUUAAAGCCAAAACUUGAGACGACUACCAGUGCAACAAGUGUAAUUAAACUUGCCGACGGAAAACAAAUAACAUGCCGCAAUGAUUAG